UCUUUUUGAAAGCUAUUCAAAAAUAACGACGCGAGUUGGGAAACGCAGAAGAUAUUGUUUAUAAAUUAAUUAUCUUUUAUAUAAUGGCUAAAAAUUAUGUGACAAGUUUUCGUGGUGAAAAAUAUUUCACGCCUGAUGCCAAACAUCGUGUAAAAGAGGAACCAGUGACACCACAAGAAGAAGAUUUUGGCGACCAUCAUCUUUUGGACUAUCCUUUUGAAAACGAUGUCAAAAUGAGAAAGUCUCUUUCUAUGAAUGAUAUAGCGGCAUUGAGGGAAGAUCUCAUGGCUUUGGACAUGCAGAAUAAUAGGGAAGACGUAUAUGAAAGAUAUAAGCGUCCAACCGGUGCUCCGCAUGAAUUAUCGAAAACAAAGUUCGUGUCAAUGGCUGAAGCUAUUUAUCAUUACCAGAGGGAUACUCCUGGUCGAUUCCAUAGCACUCGACCACAAAAGUUCCGGUCUCAAGGUGGAGCGGCCCCAUCGGGGCUUACUGUGCCUCAAUCACCAAUGCUUCGUUGCAAAGCUCGAUCUCGUCCCCUAUACGUCAUCUCUCAAAAAGAAAAAGAGGAACAAGAGCUUGAAGAAAUAAAAAAGCAUAAGAUUAAGGCUAAUCCUGUACCAAAGUCUGUAAUAGAAGGCACUCACCUACCAGAAGUGCCAAAGAAACCCAUUACAAUUCCAGAGCCAUUCAAAUUGACUGAAGUUCAUAAAAAGUCACAUGAGUCUCCAGAGCAAAUACAUUUUAAAGCUCGGCCAGCACCUAAACACAUAUUAGAAAAACCUCACGUUCCUCCAAAACCUCCGGUGCAAAUAACUAAGCCAGUCAGCCCAAAGUUUCACUAUAAAAGAGCUAAAUCUGAUGACCAGCUUAAGGUUGACAACAAUCAAGCCUCUCUUGCGAGACAAAAAUCGGCUGAAAAAUGUGCUCAGAAAGCACAGCGUCAUGGUCCCAUUCGCCCUGAACCAUUCUCAUUUGAGAAGAGAGAUGAACAGAUGAAAAAACGGAGAGAGGAAAGAAUAAAGCAGCAGAUAGAAGAGGAACGCAAGCAAGCAUCGUCAUUUAAGGCCCAACCAUUACCAGGGGUUGUUAAAAAACAAAUGCGCAGUGCUACUAGCAAAGGAAGCGCCUCUACAGCAUCCUCAGAGAAUAAAGAAAACUAUAUUAAAUUCGAGGCUCGACCCCCAGUAGUCUUAUAUAAGGAACCAUUCAAGCCAGUACAUCCUCCAAUGCAGAUAGUGAAGCCUAUGCCAUUCCAACUAACUACACAGAAGAGAGCAGCUGAGAGAGAAAGGUUCGACAAACUAUUAAAGGAAAAAGAGGAGGAGCAGGAGAGAUACAGGAAGCAGAGGGAACAAGAAUUACAAGAGGCUGAAGAAAGAGCCAAAGCAGAAUUGAGAGCAAAGCUUGUUCACCAUGCGAAACCAGUGCCCGUAGCUACGAAAAACCCAUAUAUCCCUGAGAAGUCUGCAGCGCCCUUAACUGUGCCUGAAACCCCAAAGUUUGUGAGGAGACUGAAGCAAACACUUUAAGAAAAUUAAUAGAAUUUUAAAGAUAGUAGUAUAAUUAGGACAUCUAUUAAUCAUAAUUUUGGUUGUAUUCAUUUAAUACAGACUGCUUACUUACAUUAUUUGAUACAACUUUUUA